AUGAGUUCAGAUUUCAGCAGCGACAAUGCAGGUUCCUCGGGGCUGGCUCAUGUCAGUUGGCAGGGUACUGCUGAUAUUGGUAUUUCUGACCCAGUAUGCAUUUUCGUACAUGGCCAUGGCUUUGCUGGAGUGAACGGUAUUUACGGAUGCACUUCAGUCAAUAUCGUGUCUGAAAAGGGCGUCUACGUAUCACAUAUCUGGGAGAACCCAGUCUUCAUCGACAGUGAUUGGAAAGCGACGGAUGACAGCUCUUUCAAAAAGAAUGCAUUUGAAUUACUUCGUGACGGGACAUCCACUGCACAGAGUAUUACGGCACUGGUUGGAACGGACGCGAAUCCUGGAGUCCUGCACGCUAUCUACGCCCCAAAUGUUUUCGUUCUUACCCCAAAGACUACUGAAUGGGACAAGGAACAACAUAAGAUCACUACAACAUUACGAUAUGACAGUCGUGCUCGUCAACUGGGGCAGUGGGUUGCUAGUAUUAUCCCUGGAUCUGGUGGCAGUGUAAUUACUCUUGGAUAUACACGAACGAGCAAGCAAGCUUCCACUCAGACAGGUGGAACUGCUGGACGGGCGAUUCUCGAGGUUGAUCCCUUCCAAUACUGGUUGACCACACCGAAUGCCCCUCUUGGUAGUCCCGGUCUACAAGUUGGUCGAUGGAGACUCUGGGUCGAAGACCAGUUGAUUACCACGCAAGAUUUCUGGACGCCCAAUACCACCCCUCUUUCAAAGCGAGCGGUUGGCUAUGCCAACCCGUGUGGGUCGAGCUCGAGUGCUUCCUCGUCGUCCACUCCGGUCUCGAGUAGCACUAAGAUCAAAUCCUGCGCGGUUCGGACUAGGACUGCCACUUUUGAUAUCACAAGUAGCACUCCUUCGAGCUCUGCCCGAGUUUCAACCCCAAGCACGACGUCGUCCACAAAGUCGAGUACUACCAAGUCGUCUACGACCUUGACAUCGACAACCCUCUCAGCUAAACCGUCAGUAUCUGCGUCUUCUGUGCCAUCAACCUCGCAUUCUACUACACGUUCUGGAUCUGCGUCCUCCCUUUCGUCCUUCACCACCCGUGCCUCAUCGACCGUGACCACGUCGACUACACAGUAUUGUCUCAAUUAUGCAGACCAUACUACCGACUACUGUACCUGUUCAUCGACAAGUUCCGGUUCAACACUCUACACCUCCUUGCCUCUGAUGACGGAUGGAUACUGCAAGUACACCUCGUUCCCAGCGCCAACCACAACGCAUGCAACCACCACACCAACAACGAUCACUACUGCUCCAACAGCAACGACAACUUACUGCCUCAACUAUGCGGACCCCCACAGUAAUGUUGACUAUUGCACAUGCUCAUCAACUUCUGGAACGUCUGUAUACUACACAUCAAUGCCCCUGAUGAGCGGUGGGUAUUGUUCGUACACAACUUUCCCGAGCAGCACCAACCCUUACCCAUACACGAAGACUGAGGAGGGCUCGGUGAUCGCGUACGCAACCUCGACCGUGUCGAUAUUCAACGUCGCUGGCUAUCGAUUGACCGAAACCUAUGGAUCCGGCAGCAGCACAGUUCUUGAAACCCCUGCUCCCACGGGAUUCCCCUACACAACCACUUCCGACGACACGGUCAUUGCGUAUGCCACAUCAACGAUCUCGUACAUGGACGUUGCUGGAUACAAGUUGAUUUUGACCUACGGUGCGGGUUCGUCAACAAUUAUCUCCACCCCAACACCAACUGCAUCUUGCGCGAUGUGGUCCGAGAUCGCCGCUUACAUGUUCCUCAUUUAUGAUAUUGACCACUGGGACGUUGAUGAAGACGACUUGCAGAGCAAGCUGAAGAGUGAGGAGUCUGGUUGUGGUGCCAUUACUGCUUGGGACUUUAACUCGGCAAUGAAUGGGUCCGCAGGGGCAAAGUUCAAUCUUCCAACCUUAAUGAAGAGUGGAUGUGUGGAGAGAGCGAUCAAAUCUGCCGGUGGACCGUCCAUUAGCUGUCAGGGCCACGGUACUCAUGUUUUCGAUGGAGGUGACAGCGUGCAGGAUAUUUAUAACGCGCUUUAG